CAGCAACAACUACCGAGCACCGAAGUACCAAAUAAAGCCUUCGUUCUAUCGACUAAGGUUUAAAACAUUGAUGUCGAUAAAUAUUAAGCUACGAAACUCCAAAGGAAGUCGCAAAUCAACAUUAUAUAACAUAAUAUAAACAUCGUAAUUCGUAGUAUCGUACGAAAUUACGAAAAAACAAUUUUGUCAUUUAACCGUCUGUCGCGUAAACGUUACCACUUAGGUUGGCUACACCGCUACACGCGUCCUGUAACCUGUUUGUUUGACGUUUGAACAACGGCGUUUCGUUCGUUUCGGUAUCCAUAUUGGGUAUUUGGGUACCUGUAUCGUCGCUUGCCGCUUGCGUCGUUAUUCGGUGCUGUACCUCGCGCAGUUCGGUUGCGCGUGCUUCACUUCGCGCGUGUCACAAUUUGAAAAGGACGAACGCAAUUCGACAUACGCGUUCAACAUGGAAUACGACAACUUUUUGCACUACUCUCGUCGGCUGCAAAUGGCCGACGCCCUGGGUGACGUUUACGUGAACUUGUCAGCGCUGAAGACGGCCAAAAGCCGAUUUUUGUUCACGCGCUCUUUGCUCAUCAAACACAAAAUGUUGACCCGGACGUUGAACAUUCAAAUGGAUUACGAUUGUCCCGCUUUAUCGGAGAACUUCCGACAAAAAGGCAACGAUUUUUUCAGGGCCAAAAAGUACGUGAAGGCCGUCGACCUGUACACCAGGUGUUUGAUGGGCAGCGAACCGACCACCGAGUGCCACGCGCUCGCACUGGGCAACCGGUCAGCCGCGCACUUCCACUUGGGCCACUUCGAGCUUUGCCUAAAAGAUGCGCGUUGGGCAAUGGUGACUAAUUAUCCGUCCAAGCUCGCAUACAAGCUGUACGAGAGAGCCGGAAACGCAGAAUGUAUGUUGGGUCUCGCCCAACGGGCGAAGGACAGCUUCACCGAAUGUCUGAAACGAUUGGACGAAGUGGACAUGUCUGCAGAAAAUAAGCGCAAGUUUCAAGAGACGAUCGAGAUAGCCAUCACUAAGUGUGAUGAGCGGCUGGAAGAUCGAAAAAGAACGAAGAAGGUACCUCCCAUUGAGGAGUUAGUCGGCGGAAGUAACGAAACCAUUCCAGCGCUAUCGGCCUUUGUUGAAUUGAAAAUGACUGAAGAUAUGGGACGUGGUGUUUUUGCUACUCACGACAUUAAUCCGGGUGAUGUUGUGGCCAUAGAUGAACCUUAUAUAUGUGGGCCUAUUUCACCACAUACAGAAGUUUGUCAUUAUAAUGGUUGCUUGAAGUUGGACGUGGCUCUUUUUCCCUGUCCUAAAUGUUUUUUGGUUUAUUACUGCAAUAAAGACUGUAUGGAUAAAGCAGACAAAGAUGGACACUAUUUGGAAUGUCCAAUCAUGGAUUUCAUCAAAUCAACACCAGGAAUACCAAGAAUGAAUGAACUUGUUAUGAAGUGGUUUUUAAAAGACUAUUUAAAAAUGGGUCUAAAAAACUAUUGUUCAGCAGUUGAUAACUUUUAUCAAUCUAAAAUAGAUCCUAAAACAAGGGGUUUUGACGAUAAUGGUCAAUAUAAGUCUGAUAAUUUUUUAACAGCUUAUUCUUUGGACGGUGCAGAAGACAAAUUGUCUAUUGAUGUCUUGUUUUUUUUUAACUGUAUUGCAGUUGAUUUGUUGCAUUAUUUGACAUUAAAUGGCUUCCAAAUUCCAAAAUGUGAUAUAGGUACUGUGGGUGCUUCCUUUGUGCAUAUUUUAACUGUUUUAGAUAUGAAUUGUAGAAAGUUAAACUUCUGUGCCCCUAAGAUCGCUUUUCAAAAAGAAAUCAAGUUUACUCUUACAAUUGCUAUGACUUUAUAUCCAACCAUUUGCUUGUUCAACCAUUCUUGUGAUCCAAAUGUAAAACGGAGUGGAGAAUUAUCUGAUAGAGUAAGGGUUAUGAAAGCUACUCAACCAAUUCCCAAAGGAACUCAGUUAUUCUGUUCUUAUGGAAUAAUCUUUCAAGGACACCCUAAAGAUUCAAGGCAAGAAUUGUUAAAAAAUCGUUUUAAGUUUGACUGCUACUGCCAACCUUGUAUAAAGGAUUGGUCAACUUCUCAAUAUAUACCAAAUCGCCUUUCUACAUUAAACAUUCUCAACCCUAGUAUGGCAAGUACUGUGCAAUUGGAGUGCAAAAAGUUUUUAGAAUUCUCAAAGUCGGUAAAUCCAGAAGAUUAUCAUCAGCAUUUAAAAUAUUUGUAUUCAUUUAUUAAGCUAUUGUAUACCAAUGUUAAACGACCAUUUGAAUUGUAUGAGGAAUGUCUUGAAAUGAUAGGUGAUGCUCAUAUCAUGAGUACCAAUGAAAUAAUAAGCAUUUGUGAAAGUCCAUACUGAUAUUUUAUUUUUAUUGAGUUAAUUAGUUAAAUAGUUACUUAAAAAAACAAUUAUUUAUGUUAGUUAUUCUUACAAGUGAUUUGUUAUGAUUUGAAUGAGUUAAUAAUUUUUUUUCUUUUUUUAUAUAAGUAUAAUUAAUUGUUCAUUUUUACAUUAUAUUAUGAAGAUCAUUUUGUUAUUUUGUUUAUCAUUUUCUAGUUUAACAUUAUAUUAUUAUAUUUUCAUUGACUUAA